AUGUCAAAGAAAAGAAAAUAUGUGGCCUACCGCAAUGAGUCUGAUUCAGACGAAGAUACGACAACAGCCUAUGCCAGGAUGGUAGCAGUAUCAAACGGUGGUCGCAGGCAAGUUAUCGUACCUUGUUCCCCAAUGAAAGUGAGGGCGAAAAAUCUGCUGGAAGACCAAGCUGGGGCCCUGCAAACAGACAAUUGGGAGCCAACACUUGACAAUGAUUUGGUGUUCGACGAUGAGGUCGAAUCCCCACCGGUUGAGUCCCGACCCAUCACAGUAGCCAAUACACUAGCGAAAUGUUAUACGAACUCGGAUGCACCUUUACAUAAAUGGAUGGGCAUCAGCGGGCGUACUGGAUUCCGUGAAGAAUAUCUUCUUGAAGAGCUACGUCUGGAGGGCCAUUGUAGCUUGGCAACUACGCUGCGAAAAUGGAACGGGACUUAUUUUGAGCGCAUUGCCCUGGCGGACAUGGGCUUGAGAGUCCAACUAGGACACCAAGGAAUGUCAUGCUUAUGUCCACAAAGAGGGCACGUCUCUUUCGUCGUUAUUCACACUAAUGCAAUCCACUUGUCUCAUUGCCAGCAACUGUUACGUUGCGAGUGGUAUCCGGCUACCUUACACUUUCCUCAAAGUGCCUGUACAAAACAGGUUCUAGAGUUCUUCCUCGUUUUGAUGUGGUCAAGCAAAGUAUCUGGCUACGAGUUCUAUACAAGUCUCGAGCGACUCACUGACAACACGCGUUUAAACAUACCUAAGUCUCGAUUUCUCUACUAUUUAAUUAUCGCUAUGGAUGCUAACUUCCGUCUCAAGAACAGGGCUCGGUCUUCUAGUACGGCCGAUCCUGGGCUGCACACAGGUCUGGCAUACUUCAUUCCUGACAAACCCUAUGUGGAGCACAUACUGAAGAACGCAAGUCAAACCGAUAUUAGCACUUGUUCAGGCUUUAGGACAUUGGCACAUGCUGAAUCCAAGCACUCGAGUGGGUUAUACGCUAAUAUGGAUUUUAUUUUUUUCUCGUCCAUCAUGCCUCUCCUCCUCUCCGUCGUCAUAUCUUAUGACAUUGCUUGCCAAUGGAAAAUCAACCUCACAAAAAGAAUCAACAAGCUUCCAGAACACCUUCAGAUUCCGGCGGCUGUCGCUCUUGCAACAUUUAUAUUUGGAAUCCCUAAGUUUCACUGCCCUGCGCAUGAGGAGAAAUGUGCGAUACCACAUUCCCUGAACCUUAUACCAGGCAUAGGACGGACUGAUGGCGAAGGAAUUGAGCGCAAUUGGGCAGAAAUGAAUCGUGUUGCAAACAGCACGAAGGAAAUGGGCCCCAGUUCUCGACACGAUGUCCUCGAUGACCAUUUCGGUCAUCACAACUGGCGUAAAUAUACUGGACUAGGACUUUCACUAUGGAGAAAACUUUUAAAUGCUGUCAAGGAACGCACUCAUCACCAGUCCUUUUUGCACAACUUUGAUUCAUCGAUCGAUGAAGCCCAUCGAGGAGAAUGGAGUGCGAUGAUCGAGGCUUGGGAGCGCGACAAAUCAAGUCUGAACCCGUACGUGCUCAGCAGAAUUAGUCUUUCAGAAGCACAAGUACGUGUUAAUUUUGUGGACAAGGAGAAGAUCGCUAUCCGUAAUGGACGUAAACUUCCGCAUGAAACAACUCCUAGUUCUUUCAUCAAUAUCAAUAUGGCCCUGGUUCUUGAAGAUGCCCAACGACGAAUCAAGAUUGACCUCCCAUCAUCACUCAGUGCAAAUCAAUACACCGAACUUCACCAACACCGGGUCACGCUACAACGACAGCUAGACCGCUUCCGCAUCAUACAGCAGGUAUAUAUGGUAGGGAUUGGAAGCUGGAUCACACAGCAAGACAGGGAUUCAUCUGAUGACAUCGAGGACGAAUCUCUCUGGCUACCAUCGACACUCCCUGCAAGCGAUCGAGAAGCAAUAUGUACGAAUGACAUUGCUCACAUCGAGGCUGAGCUUCGCAAGGGACAGUGUUGUGAUGCACUCGAUAGGCUCCGCAGGCAUCUACAUACUAAGUCUCAUUUCAUCAAACAUCGCAAUCUCGAUUUAUGUGGACAACGAGCCAACACUCAUGCGACUUCCUUUCUCGCCCGCUUCGAUAGCAAAAUCAAUGCUGCUACUGUAAAGUACCGUGUUGCUUGGUCAGCGUUGUUAGAACUGGUUGGGAUCAACGAGCUGGAGAGGGAAUUUCAAUGUUUACAGGCUAAGGAUAUUGUGGCACCUGUUGACACAGUGUCAGGUGCCAGGAGUACUACUGGAAUGCGCGGAAAAAAGAGGUCCGAGCGAGAUGCAUCUCGUGGAUUAGGACAAGGUUAUCAGAUGACAUCGUGGAUUUGGCUUACUUUGGGAGUUCAGGAUGACAUGGGUCUAAAUGAUGUGUUGCGUGUAGAAUGGGCCAAGUCUCGCGCGCGCGCACAAUGGUGGAACGAAGAAGUGUUACUUCUCAAGGAAGAAAUGCGGCGAACACGUCAAUUUCUCGCAUGGCAUGCACAACAGUGGCGAUCUGUUACUGAACUAUCACACCAGGAUGCGCAGAUCGUGGCUGGCGCCGCUGCAUAUGCCCAAAGGCAGGCAACAAUUCAGCAUGCAUUACUGGCUCGUUUCACUAGUCUCUGGGGCACUGGAGUUAGCGCGGUGUAG